AUGUCAGUUUCGUACCAACUUCAGUAGACAGCACCUACAAUUUAACAUUAACAUCAAAAAUGUUUCCCAUUAUAUUUUUGGUCCUAGUGGCUUCCGCUGCAAAUGCCGGUAAUAUAGGUAUAGGACUCAACUCGGGAGGUUAUGGCGGACUUUUGGGAAGCACAAUUUCGCAGCAAGCUACGAGUACAUCAAUUGCAAAUUCUGGACCAGUAGCUGUAGCCGCCGCCCCAGUAGCUGUAGCUGCUGCAUCGCCAGUCCUUGCUGUCUCUCCGCUUGCUGUUGCGUCUGGUGCCAUCGUAUCUGUACCCACGGCAACUAGCUCCCAAUCACGAGUUGACGUCAUCAAUUCUCGCCCUUUGGUGUCUCAAGUUGUUUCUUCUGUACCAGUAAAUGUAGCACUUGGUGGAGGAUAUGGCAAUGGAUAUGGCACUGGAUAUGCCAAUGGCGUUAUUGAUAAUGGUCUCGUAGCCAGUGCUGGUCUUGUAACCGGGAGCGUUAAUGCUGUAAACUCUGUAGGUUACAGCAAUGUAGGUUACGGUAAUGUUGGAAACGGACAUGGAUAUAGAGCAUACUAGAUUGAUGAAUAUGUUAUGUAGACAGUAACUUUUUUUAAAUAAACCGACUGUUCAUUGACGAAA